CCGGCGAAAGAAUGAUGAUUGAUGUUAAGAUUUUUUUUUCGAAUUUAUUUUAUUUUCUUUUUUUUUUUUUGAUCGUUCCAACGAUUUAAUUCAAUAAUGGCCAAAUCAAAAUAUGAAUAUGUUAGACAAUUUGAAUCAGCAACCGAUCAUCAUUUAUUAUUAGAUUCUUAUAUUGUUGUACGUGUGGAUGGACAAGGUUUUCAUCGAUUUGCAAAAGAACAUAAUUUCCUAAAACCAAAUGAUAAAAGAUGUCUUGAUCUGAUGAAUCGAUCUGCAUUACAUGUAAUGAAAUCAUUCUAUCCAAACAUUAUUAUGUCAUAUGGCCAAAGUGAUGAAUAUAGUUUCAUAUUACGACGAAUGGCACAUUUAUAUAAUCGUCGUCAUAAUAAAAUAAUUUCAUUGAUAACAUCAACGUUUACGGCCGGUUUUCUUUUCUAUUGGAAUGAUUAUUUUUGUGAUCAAAAAAAUCCAAAUCUAAUUGCAAAAAAACCAUUAAAAUUAACACAAACAUUAAAAUAUCCGCCAACAUUCGAUGGUCGAUGUAUACUUUAUCCAAAUGAAUCAACAUUAAUGGAUUAUCUACGAUGGCGACAAGUUGAUUGUCAUAUAAAUAAUCUUUAUAAUACAACAUUUCAUGCAUUGACUGGUGAAUAUACUCAUUAUGAAGUAAAUGAUGAUGAUAAUAAAUUUAUUGUUACAUUUCCUUAUUCGGAAACAAAAUUAUCAAAAUUAUCUACAAAUGAAGCAACAAAACGUUUAUCACAUACAUCAAGCAGUGAUAAAAAUGAAAUACUAUUCACCGAUUUUGAUUUAAAUUAUAACAAUGAAUUGGAACAAUUUCGUAAAGGUACUAUUAUUACAUUGAAUAUUGAACAAAUUGAUCGUUUACUUAGUGAUCAAAAAUCAAUUAAUUAUUAUAUAAGAAAAAAAAGUUUACAAAGUAAAAAUUCCUUAGUGGAAAAACCUGAUGAUCAACAAUUUGAAUUAUUAAAUGUUGAUAUAAUUGGUGAAAAUUUUUGGAAAAAAUAUGGUCCAUUAUUGAAAUUAUUGUGAUUAAUGUUUUCAUAGAAAAAUAUACAAAUGAAA